AUGUCCGAAGAUAUAGUACGAGGAUUGCAGAAGCUGAGUAUCAGAGGUUCCAAAAAUGAGUGGAGUCUGAAUUGUAAACAAUUCGAACACAUCAAACCUGCAACACAUUCUUCUCAGAGUCUGCCGUUCUUUGAAGAGGUCGAAGAAGUGGGCACACUGACGCAUUGGCUUGAUACAGAUGAAACUGUUCUUAGUAGUCAACAAGGUCUGGCCAAUUUGGCGGAUGAUCUGUGUCACUUUAUGCAGGAUGGAUCUCGCCUUAGUAUUUCAAAGUACAUUGGCCACGACAUGCUCAAAAAUUACGAUAAUUUCGUGCCGCUUACCACAGAUCAACUUGAGAACAUGACGGGUGUACGAAAGUUCAUAGAUCAGUGGAAAGGUAAAAAUGGUCAGCAAAAACUAACAAUCGUAUGCUCCAGACAUAAUCUCAUAGAUCUGAUAAUGGCACCCUUCUCGGACCAAGCUGUCCACCUUAACGCUAUCCACACAGGUGGCUAUCUCCACAUCUUUCCUGAUAGGCAAAGCGUCGAGCAGUGCACAGGAAUCCAUUCAAAAGAUGCUCGAAUUAAAAAAAUAUGCUACAGUGGUUUCGAAUUGGAGAAUUUGAUAACAGUGCCACCGACACCAAAUCGUCGAUCUGCUUUCUACUCAAUCGUUCGUGGAAAAAUAGAUUCGAACAUUGAAUGUCUCUUCAAAGCCGAGAUGGAUUGUAUAGAUCCAAUAGCCAAUACCUACACCGAAAUUAAGUGUUCUUCUGGCCUAAAACCUAGAAACACUUAUCAUCGGCUUAAACUGUUACGAAUGUGGGUACAAACCUCACUCAUACCGAGUACAGACCUGCUGAUAGGUAUAAGAGAUCCGUACUACAACCAGCUAGCUUCGUUUGAACGGUAUACCAGAGAUCAAUUGUAUCGUAAGUUCAAUAAUUCAAAUUUGAACUUCAUACGACGCAACUACAACUACAACGCUAAUGUUUCAGUGCAGUGGUUCGACCACAUAAUGAAAUCGAUUUGCAAGCUCAUAACCCCUCACCUCCCGUCAGACAACUCUGAACUGACCUCCUUCAAGAUAACCCUCACAAAAGAUCUAUGUCUGAAGCUUCGCAAGCUAGACAACACGCCGACAAAUACAAUGUUCUAG